AUGCGGGUCUUGAAGGCACAAGCCUGGCAGGCCAAACCGGCGCCGUCGCGUGCUCUGGUGACCAUGUCGUCUGCGGCUUCUCGCCGUGGUCCCACGACUCACGGCAUGGUGCUGACGACCUCUCCGCACGUUCCUUCGUAUCAGCGCGCAUUCCAUGCCAGCAGGGCACAGCUUUCUACCCCGAAAGAUCCAUAUGCUACCCUCGGCGUGAAACGGGACGCAACAGCCAAGGAGAUCAAACAUGCUUACUAUCAGCUUGCCAAGAAGUUCCACCCUGACACCAGCAAGGAGCCAGGCGCGAAAGAGCGCUUUGUCGAGAUCCAGGCCGCUUACGACAUCCUUAGUGAUGAGAACAAGCGCGCUUCCUUCGACCAGUUUGGAUCUGCGGACGGUCCCAGCGCUGGUGGAUUUAACCCCUUCGGUGGUGCUGGUGCCUCGCCCUUUGGUGGCUUCCAUCCAGGCAGUGCCGAGAGCAUUUUCGAAUCUCUCUUUGGCGGUGCUUUUGGCGGUGGCCCGCGUGGCACUCGCACUGGCUUUGGGGGUGAAGUCCGUGGCGAAGAUAUCGAAGCUACGGUGAACAUCAGCUUCGAAGAAGCCUGCAAGGGCACGUCUCGCACUGUGACCAUCAACCCUAUCGACCGAUGCGGCACCUGUUCAGGCUCAGGCCUGAAGGAGAAUGCCAGGCGCUCGACGUGUCAGGUGUGUCGCGGUACAGGUACGCGUACCUUUGUCAUCCAGGGUGGAUUCCAAAUGGCCAGUACAUGUCCUGCUUGUAAUGGUACUGGAUCGACCAUUGCGGCGGGUGACGAAUGCUCGUCCUGCUCAGGGGCCGGUCGCGUCAAGUCGAAGCGCACUGUGUCCAUUAAUAUUCCGGCGGGUGUCGACGAUGGCUAUCGCAUUCGCCAAGAUGGUGCUGGUGAUGUGCCCCUCACAGGUGCUGGACCACCUGGCUCUCUCUUUGUUCGCAUUCACGUCUUGCCGAGCAAGACAUGGCGUCGUCAAGGCACCAACCUAUUCUACCCAGCGCAUAUUCCGUUCUACACGGCUGUUCUUGGUGGCCGUGUGCGCGUGCCUACGUUGGACGGUGAUGUGGACAUCCGUGUCCCAGCUGGCACGCAAGCUGGUGAUGAAAUGAUCCUUCAAGGCCGUGGCGUGCCUCGCCUUAGCGGUCGCAAGAACUACGAUAACAACGGUGAUCUCAUGGUCCAGUUUGAUGUCACGAUACCAAGGUCCCUUACCAAGCGACAAAAGGAGCUGUUGCAGGCUUUCGUGGAUGAGUACGAGGGCCGUACACCAAGCGAUACAAGCAACACAUCUAAGCCAGCAUCCCCUGAGCCAAAUACCGACACGAAGGCCAACGAAUCUCAAGCUGAACAAAAGCAUGAUGGUGAGUCUUAA